UGUGGCUUCACAUUUGGUAACCUCAUUGUCUUAAACUUAAGUUUAUAGAAGUCAAAUUCAGUGUCAAUAUAUUACUUAUGUAAUUGUAUAAUAUUGUAGGAAAAAAAAUCAAAGAGUUACUUUCUAGCGAAGGAAGUAAUUCCCACGACAUCCUCAAUGAUCCAUUGACUCAAGUGUUUGGUCCUGAUACAAGGGGUCGUGUUUGAGGUGUUGGGACCACCGUUUCCCAAUCACAAAUCAGGGGUUCUGCUGCAGCUCUUGAAAAAAUCUAUGUAUAAAGGAAAAUUAGAAGAACAAUCAUCCACAAUUCAAGAGCAAUCGUUCAAAAUUCAAGAGCUAUCUUCUAAAAUAGAUAUUUUUACGGACCAAGUUAGGGGUAUUAAAGAGAUGCUUCAAGUUAAUUUUCAUUGAAAUCCUUCUUUUUUAAAUUUAAAUAGUAAAAAUUUUCUUCAAUUAUUGUACAUAACACGUGUGGAACUUUAUUUCUGCAGCAACGCAUGGAUUUGGUUCAACUGGAGAAUCUACAAUCGACUAGUGGACCUUCAGUUGAGAAUUGUCAAUGUGUAGAGAGAAUGCGGCCAUGCAAGUUGUACUCUUGGCGUAAAGAGCUUGUUGCUCAAGGGCGAAUUCUUUUGGCAGAUGGGCCCCAAAUGAUUGAUGGCAAACCUUUUCGGAAAGAGUUUUACAAGGUUGCCAUUGAUAUCAUUAUUAAAGGAGACACCGAAUUGCCCGAGCCAGACGGAUAUCAUUCGACUUUAGGCGAAGUUGGAAUUGGCUCAUUUGUUGCAUGGCAUUCUUCCUUUACUGAGUUCAUCGAUUAGGGACAAUAGUCUAACACUUUUUUGGACGAUUCACCUUUUUGGACAGUAUGUUUUUAUUGUAUUUGUGGACUCGUCCCAAGUACAUCUUGUAUAGCUUACUUGAUUAGUUGUUUCUAUAGAAUGGACAUGAUAGAUGUAAUGCAGGUUUGUGACAAAUGUGUUGAUGGCUUCAAUCAUCACUGGAUGGUAAGGAAUUAUAUCACAGAUGUAGAUUUAGAGUUUUAAGACAACUGCUAGUUUUGAUGUAGAUUUAGAGUUUUAACAUUUCUAUAUCAUGUAUAUUCAACGGUGGUCAGGUUAUUUUGUUUGGCUAACACCGCAUUGUUGUUACCUAUUUUCAGCUUGCUUAGGUGAAAACUCAUGUGAGCAACAACACUGGAAACAGUAGGAUGGGACACCUGCUGUUGAAUGGAUGUUUCUACUCUUUUGGAUGGGACAUCAACUUUCAGUUUUAAAGGUGAAGGCUGGUUCUGUUUACAACAAUAUUCUAAUUUGUGAUGAUCCAGAGUAUGCAAAACAGGUUGUGGAGGAGACAUGGGCCAAAAAUAAGGAGCCUGAGAAAGAGGACUUUGAGGAAGCAGAGAAAGUGAGAUGGGCUCAAGAAGAAGAGGAAUCUCGAAGGGCGAGAGAGGAAGGUCAACGGCGGAGAAAGGAGAGGGGUCAUGACCGGUAUUACCGAGAUAAGGAGUGCUACAAUGUGGUAUUGUCCCUAGUCGGUGGUACCCAAUGUGGUACCACCAUAGGUUCUGAAUAUCAGUAUUUGAGUGUGUAUUGUCUGACCAGUGACUCAACCAAUCUUCACAGGGUACAUUGCACUCUAAAUCUGAAAAAGGAAAUUAUUUUCUGACACUGGGGUUCUUACCUGGGGAUUGUUGAAUAUUAGAAGUCUCCAUUUGCAUUGGA